CAUAUACAUAUAGAUACAUAUUCAUACUUAUAUACAUUAAAGAUGAAGAGCUUUACAAAGAAGGUUGCUAUGGUCAAGCAGAAUGCCAUGGAGAAGAUGGGCAAGUCAGAGUCACAGGCUGAUGAUGCCUCUACCAAGGCACUCAAGGAGAGACUAGUCCUCAUCAGAAAGCUUUACAAAGAUGUCCACUCAACUGGAAAGAACUAUUGUCAAGAGAGUGAUAAGUUGGCAAAGGAAGGACUUUUGUUCUCAGAGGCAUUGAUCCAGUUCUCGACUGGAUGUAUUGAUGAUGAGACUGUUGGUGUUGUGAUCAAGUGUGUGUCAUCGCAGGUCAAGUCAUUGGAGGAGACAAGGACAACUUGCAAUGCAGAGUCUGCUCACACGAUGAUCAACAACUUGGGCAAGCUGCAAGAUGCCGAGCUCAAGCGUGCCAACGAUCUGAAGAGCAAGCAGGAUUCAAUCCGUCUCGAGUACGACACUUUGUUGGAGCGUCUGAACGACGCCAAGAAGAAGAACGAUUCCAGCUCGCCAAAGGUCAUGACGGCCGAGCGCGAGUGUCAGACCUGCAAGGAGAACUACGAUAAGGUCACCAGCGAGUUCAUCGAGGCCAUGGAGCAGCUCAACAGUGAGAUGAACCGUCAACUGGUCACCGAGCUGCGUCAAUACGCUCGUGCUCAAAUGGACUUCCACAUGCGUGCUGCUGAAAUGUGGAAUGACACCAACAAUGCCCUGUCGGCGUUCCAGGCCUAA